AUGGGGAAACGAGACAGAACAGGAGAAAACGUAUGCAAGUAUGAGAGAGUGAGGAGAUUGCAUUCCGAGAGGUUACAGUUGCGCCGGCGCAGGCGGCCUCCGGCGCCGCUCACUAACUCAGAUGCAACAGAGCAGAUCGGACACUGGCAUGAUGGUCCCGCGAUGUACUUGAUGCUCGAAGACAGAUCGCAGCUGGUAAAAUACAGCCACAGAAUUAUCAAAUACGUCAGUAAUAUAGCACGAGAGGUGACGCGGGUCCCGGCGGCCGACUCCGAACUUGACCAUAUCGUGAGGAUAUUCCCGGAGUAG